AUGGCGUCAGCAUCUGCGUUAGUAGCGCCGCUGCAUGGCACGCUGCAGUUGUACCAAGCCAAACCGGUUGCGCUGCCGUACGUGGACACGGACGCUUCGCUCACACACACGCUUGUGUUUGUUCCUGGACUCACGGAUACGCUCGGUACGCUGCCGUACCUACCACGUCUCGCAGCGCUUCUGCACUCUCGCUCAUGGUCGCUGGUGCAACCGCAGCUGACGUGCAAUCUGGGCGGUUACGGACAGUGUACGCUGGAAGGUGAUGCGCGUGAACUUGCCGCUUGCAUCUCACACCUCCACAACACUAAGCCAGGCGGCAAAGUGGUAUUGAUGGGCCACUCUACUGGGUGCCAGAACGCGAUCGCUUAUUUGCUCAGUAGCAAAAGAGCUAAGAGCGCAAGGAUUCAUGGAGCUAUUUUACAGGCACCCGUAUCGGAUCGAGAGUUUUACGAGAUGCAGCGAGACGCUGCUGAGCCAUGCGAACGCGAGCGCAUGGAUGAGCAGCUGCAGCUCGCUACCAAUUUGGUGCUCCAGGGCAAAGGAUCCACGCUCAUGCCACGAGAUUCAAUCGACCUCGCCACUGAUCCAGACGAUGCAGACGACGCAGACGAUGCAGACGAUGCAGACGAUGCAGAUGCGCAGUCAGGCGUAGCCUCGACGCCACCCAACGGAAACGUGAGCGCAGUGCUCACUCCGGCCAUUACGGCGUAUCGUACAUGGUCGCUCAAAGCUCGCGGUGGGCACGACGACUUUUUUAGCUCGGAUCUCGCCGACUCGGCCAUCACCGACACGCGCGCCGGUGCGAGAUCCAUCGCCAGAGCGCUACACAAUCUUCGCACCGCCACGCCCACUGCACGUAUGCUAGCGCUGAUUGGCGAAAAGGACGAAUACGUACCAACAGGCAAACAGGCCAUCCUACUUGAACGUUGGACGCAGCUGCUCGAACCCACAGGCGGCUUCCAAGCAGAAAUCCUCCAACAGGCAAACCACCAAGCUGCCAGCCAAGUCGCCACAGACCACCUAUUGCAACUCGUCGCCAAAUUCCUUGCGCAACUCAGCUAG